AUGGCCAAGCGCGUGUGCAUCGUCGGCGCCGGCCCCUCCGGCCUCGUCGCCGCAAAGACGCUCCUCCACAACACCCCCGCCGGCGCCUUCACCGUCACAAUCUACGACGCCCAGUCUCGCAUCGGCGGUCUCUGGCCCACCCGCCGCGAUGACGCCUCCGGCCUCGUCCACCCGCUCAUGGUCGCCAACCAGAGCCGCCACACCGUCCAGUUCAGCGACCUCGCCUGGAACCCUGAUGAGCCCGAGUUCCCCCGCGCCUGGCAGAUCGGCCGCUACCUCGAGCGCUACCUGGACCGCUACAAGGGCGCCGACGUGAAGCUCGGCCACCACGUUGUGAAGACGGAUCUCGCUGGCGACGGCACGUGGACCGUCACCGUCAAGUCCGACGCCGGCAAAGAGGAGACCAGCGUGUUCGACUACCUGCUCGUCAGCUCCGGCUUCUUUGGCAAGCCCAUUGUUCCGGACGUUGCGGGUGAGACGGAUGUUCCCGUCAUCCACAGCAGCAAGUACCGCGACUUGAAGUCUCUCUUCCCCGAUGGAGUCAAAGACGGCGGCAAGAUCUUGGUUGUCGGGGGGCAGAUGUCCGGCGUCGAGAUCUCCGGCACCAUCGCGACUCAUCUCUCCGCCGCCGUGAACGCACCCGAUCCGGUCCCAGUUCCGAACGCAGACAAGCUUUCGGUUCAUCACCUCGUCCAGCGGCCCACCUGGGUCUUCCCGCUGUACACGACUCCCAAGCCCGGCUCUCCAGCAGCCCCCUUCCUCCCCCUGGACUUCCCCUCUUACAACCUCAACAACCGCCCUCAUCCCCUCCAAAACAGCCAAGGCCACAUCACCCCCGAGGCCGCAAAGACAACCCACACAAUCUACACCACCUCCCUCGGUCAGGACCAGUCCUCUUUCUCCCCCUCCGUCGCCGUCACGCCCUCCCACCACUCCGAGCCAGCCUACCUCGCCGUCUCAGAAAACUACAUGGAGUUCGUCCGCUCCGGUCUCAUCACAGUCUCCAACGGCAAACUCACCUCCCUCGCCAACACCACCGCCACAACCACAACCUCCCCCAUCGAGAACAUCGCCGCCGUCAUCCUCGCAACCGGCUUCGACCCCUCCCCCUGCCUCUCCUUCCUCCCCGCCCCCGUCCUCGAGACCCUUAAACACUCCCCCGACCAUCCCUCCCUCCCCCUCGCCCUCUCUUUUCACGGCACCCACCUCAAAGACCUGCCCACCCUCGGCUUCGUCGGCUUCUACCGCUCCCCCUACUGGGGCGUGAUGGAAAUGCAAGCCCGUCUCCUCGCCGCCCUCUGGACCUCCUCCCCCGCCCCUCCCGCGCUCUCAAACGCCCUGCUCGAUGACGCCUCCGACUGGCGCACAGUCUCUCUCCGCGACGACCCCCGCUGCUCCCAGUUCCCCAUGGGCGACUACGCCUACCUCAUGCAGGAAUUCGCCGCCGCCCUCUCCAUCCCCAUCUCCCCGGCCCCGACCCCGGCGACCCCUGAGCUGCCGCAUAACAAUAAGCCAAUGGAUAUCCUCACCCCCGCGCGCUACCUCUCCCCGCUCGCCUCCCCCGACGCCGAGGCCGAAGCCGCCGCCUCGCUGGCGCAGACCCACGCCACCGCCGUCGCGGGGCUGACCACCCCGCGCUUCGUCGCCAAGGCCGUCUUCCGCAGUCUGCUGGGCACAUGGUCCCUCGAGCGCUCCCUCACAAGCCGUCUGGCGACGCAUCCCAGCGGUCACUUCAGCGGCACCGCGCGGUUCCUGCUGCGCGAUAAGACUGCCGACGGGCUCAAGUGCGUGUCGGGCUCUGCUCCAGGAGAGGAUCCUCAGGAUGAAGGGUUGGCGACGGAGUACCUCUACAUCGAAGACGGAGAGUUCCGCGCCGAUAACGGGCUGGUGUUCAGGGCUACGCGGCGGUACAUAUGGCGUCAUGAUGAGAAGAAGGACUGCAUCAGCGUGUGGUUCGUCAAGACGGAUGAUGCGAAGAGGGCGGAUUACCUCUUCCACGAGAUUGAGUUCUUGCCGCCGAAGGGAGAAGAUGCCAGGGCAUGGAAGGCGCAGGCUGGGCAUCUUUGCAUUGAUGAUUUCUAUAAUGUGAAGUAUGACUUCACGUUCCAGAGUGUGAAUUUGAAGGAGUGGAAUAUUGGAUAUACGGUGAACGGGCCGAAGAAGGAUUACACGAUAGCUGGGGUGUAUAGACGACAGACAUAG